AACGAACGAAGCCGCUUCAGUCCGCGUUCAACCACCACGACGAUCGCUCGCUCCCGUACUUUCAAGUGUUUAUUUCUAAAGCUACACUCUCGUUCGGACUUCAAAGACCGCAGCAGCGGCGGCAGUGAUAGUGUACGGAGUGUGGUACGGUAACCGGCGCAACGGAGGCGGUGCAAGGCAUGUUGAUGGCGGGCGCCCUGCCGGCCGAGCCCGAGGGGCUGCUGGCUCUAGGCGCGCUGCCUGGCCAAAAAGACACGACCUGGACGAAAUUAUUCGUCGGCGGACUCCCGUACCACACCACAGACAAGAGCUUAAGGGAACAUUUUGCGGUCUACGGGGAGAUCGAGGAGGCGGUCGUCAUCACAGACAGACAAACGAGCAAGAGCAGAGGAUAUGGCUUUGUGAUAAUGGGUGAUCGAGCGGCUGCAGAACGAGCAUGCAAGGAUCCAAACCCCAUCAUAGAUGGUAGGAAAGCAAACGUCAACCUCGCGAUACUUGGAGCGAAGCCUAGAGGGAAUCUAGCGCCAGGGUUUGGUCUGGCGGCAGCGGCGGCGGCUGGAGUCCGUGCCGGCUACCCGACUGUAUUACAAUCGCCUUAUGGGUUGUCACCUGGAUACGUGUAUGGAGCGCCGGGAUAUGUCGGUGCUGUUGGCGGGGUGGGAGCAGGUGUGGGCACAAGCGCGGGGGGUCUAGUGCAGUUACCACAGCUGCAGCACGCCGCGGCGGUAGCUGCUGCGAACCACCUAUAUGAGUAUCAAGCGGCAGCCGCGCAAGGCGCAGCGGCCUACCAGCAACAGUACGCGGCGGCAGGAUUUGAUCCAUAUGCUACUGCUGCAGCAGCAGCGGCAGCAGCAGCCAGUGGGGCUGGGUACAUGUCUCCUUACUACGCUCUGCCAGGCGGUGGCGUGCAAGCUCCACUCCUUCCCCCACUGCCUUAUCCUCCGCCUCUCCAAGAGGCACGGAUGCAGUAAAUUUUGAAAUUUAAGAGUACUCAAUGCUGCUGUAGCAAUACAGUACUUACACCUAAAAACAAAAUACGGCAAUAUCUCAAUUCUGACAAAAUUUGCCCUUCUUGGGAUGUCAUAUAAAUAUCGUGCUGGUUCUUGCUAAAGCAGCUUUGAUUAGUAAAACAAAUAUGUUUAGAUGAAAAAAUAUUAUGAGACGGUGACAAAUAGUUACAUUUUACUUGCGAAGGCAGGUGAAAGACAGCCAGUCUUAUCGUCUGAAGAGUGACGUUCAGGAAAGCCAAAUAUUUAGACUAACAUAGAUGAUGUCUAGAACUAGUUGAUUUUUAACAACCAAAAAUAUUAAUGAAUGACCAAAGCUAUGAGCUUUUAUGUUAGAAUUAAGGAGCCAUUGGGUACUUAAUUUACUUUGAAGAAAUAUCUACUUGUAAUAUCCCGUAUAAUGUUUAGGAAUAAGUAUAUUAAAGGCACUAAGUAUAUAGCUGUGUUACAAAGUUCUUGCCUCAUCCAUCCGACUUCCCAACAUCACACAUAUUUUCCUACUUUUUUAUACUAAAUAGGUUAGUUAGGUGUACUUCUUAUUGUAGAUGCAAUUUUGCUUUUUAAUAUAUUCGAAUAUUGAAACUUUAUAACGGUAUAAUAUAAAACCUUAAAGCAAAUAGCUGUUCAAUGACAAUAAAGAAAGAUAAUUUACAGCAUUUGAAGCAUCAUUACGCCUCUUAUUGUUAAGAGAAAUCUGUAAACUUGUUAUUUAUUUUAUGGCAUAAUUACAUAGGUACCUAUGUUAAUAUUUUUUUCUAAUGAUUAAAAAAAAUGCAAUUUAAAAAAAUAAAAACUAUUAUCUAAACUUAUUUAUGUUCUAAUUUUUUUCGUUUUUCUGACUACGUAUCUAUUGAAGAAGAUAUAGGAUUACGAUUAUGAAUUAUUAUAUAAAGAACAUAUUACGCUGUCUCUACUAAUUUUUUUUUUUAUAUUAUGUAAGUAAACCAUUCAAUACCAAUAUUAUAUAACCUCAUUCUUCAGAUAUGCAAUGGAUAAAGACACAGACAAAAGAGAAAGAAAUGUUACAGUGUAUUCUGUUAUCUUCGUGGUUCUUGUCUACAGUUGUUAAUAUUUUUUUUAUUAGAUGUUGCUUAAUAAAAUUAUUUUAUAAUAGCUUUAAUAUACUUGUGUAUUUUGUUCGCAAUCGUAAUCACUACGUCUAUAUUUGGGUCAAUGAAAUUUAUGGAAGUUCCUAUAAGUUCAUUAUUAAAUGUUUCCGUUAAAUCUAAGUAAGCAGGUAUUCGAAAAGGUUGUAAUAGCCAUAGUAUUAGUUUUGUGUAAAAAAUAAAACAAAUGCAUUCUUUCUUAUAGGGAAUCUUACACAAAACUUUCGAAUGUAUUGUGGCGUUACUGAAAGGUCUACUAACAAUAUUCACAAAAAUCAUAAUGGCGGGAAAAUAUUUUUUUAAGAUUUUAUUUUCCAUCCAUCACCAUAGACUAAAGCAGAGGUGAAGUUUGUUUAUGUAAUAACACCAUGGCGACCUCGUCAUUAUAAAAUGAAAAUAAGUUUUUCUAUCAAAUACCUACUUGUAGUCUGGUAAAGAUUUUCAUAUUAUUUAUAUUUAAUAAUUCCAUAAAAAUAGUUGAAACCUAUAAAAUAUACUUAUCUAAACAAUCCCAUAUCUAUUAUAGAACCAUUUCCUCUAUCUUAGUAGCAUAGUUCUAUCAUCUUAAUCACGGCCGAGUUCUCAAGUCUAAAAUUUUGCAGCUCCCGCCGAAGAUUCGCAGUGAUUGUUAAGUUACUUUAAAGUGUUGUGACUUCGUUUUGAAGCUGGGUAUUUCACUAUAAAUGUAAUUGAUCACAUAACUAUGUACGUAUGCAGGAAAUAUUUUACUGUCUUCUGUGUUGAAACAUCUAGUGCUGUGUAACUCUAGAAUUUCUAGUUCUAUAAAAUGUCCAUGUUGCUCAACAGGCCCUGUUAAAGGCUUGGUUUAGCUUAAGAUUGAAGGAGAUCAAUAAAGGGCUACUAAUUAAAAUAUAAUUAUAAGUGAUAUCUUAAUCGCCGUAUUACGAAAACAUGUUUUGUUUAGGCCCUUUUAAUAUUAUUUUGUUCUCCAAAGCGGUAUAGGGUACUUAUUAGUUAGAAUAAUUGAAUUACUAGUCCAUGUAAUUUUAAUGUAAUGAUUAUAGGCGUUCAUCGGCCGUCCUAAUUUUUUUAAUAGAAAUCUCAAGAAAUAACACGAGAACGAUUCGGAAAGUAGGUAGGUACAUUUUAAUUGUGGACAAUACUGAAAAAAAUAUUGAUAUUGUCUAUUUCAAAACAAAUAAAGAUAUAAAUUCUACACAACUUUUGUGUACUGAAUAAUAAAUUGCAAUUGGAUUAUAAGUACUUAGUUUAUUAUAAUCCACAAAAAUUAUCUUAGGUACCUACAUUAUAUCUAAAGGGUUGGCCGGGAACCUACCUAGUACAAGUUAGGGACAUUUAGAGUAUAACUGAAAAUUAGUUCGUAAGUCUUAUUUUAAUUAUAAAAAUAUGCUGUUAUUUGUAAUUUAUUUUGUUGAUAUUUGUAAAUCUACAUGUUGAUAACUAUUUAUUAUGUGGAAGAGUAUGUAAUAAAAAAUUGUUAAAUAUUUACGGGCCGAAUCUAAUCUCUCUUGUUGCGUCUCGGUUUAUUCGAGUUGAAAUCGCGAUUCGGUCUAAUAUAUUGUAUUGAAUUAUACACGAUAAUAAAUAUACAUUAAUAUAAGUAGAUUAAAUUAGAUGCAUAUACCAAAUGGAACAUAGAAUCAUGUUAGCCAUAAAUGCGGCCAUCUUGCCUUAAAAUGCAUAUUGAUGUACUUAUAGUUUAUAUAAAUUUAUAUGACAUUAUAUUACACAUAUCAUCACAAAUACAGAUAUACAUUCAUCAGAGUGACGACUACAGUGGGUAGUUCUUCUCUGAUCAGUCCAUAUUAUAGUGCAUUUCAUUUGACAGUAAUUUUAAGCACAAUCUAUAAUAGAUAUCUAUCUAUAUUACUUACAUACUUAAAUGAAUGUAAAUUCAUAAUAAAUACCUAAUAAUUGUUAAAAUUAAUUUAAAAAUAUACUACUAUGUACUUAAUUUAGGAUAUUCUAAAAUGGAAAAAUAAAUUUUUAAGGUACUUA